GACGCGAAGAUGCAAGAAGAAACGACGAAAAUAAACCCUGCAAUUGUGACGUGUCGCUACGAUGUUAGCUUAAUCCGAACGAUUGCAUCUAGGAUCGGAGUAGAGAGUAACUAGCCGCGGGACACAUUGCUAGGCCAGACGGUAGAUAGAUCCGUAUAAAUAGGUGCGUCGAGUAUGCACACGUAGCAGGUAGCAGGCCACCGCGAACUGGCUUCCUCCGUCGCCCGCGCACGCCGGAAAGUUUGAUCAGAAAAUGAGUGCUCCGUCGCGAGAAGAUGGGUCGAAAGAAGAGGAGAAGGACGAGGAGGCGAACCGGCUUCUAGAGGAAGCAGGAGCGGUAUCGUCAUCAUCGGAAGAAGAUGUGGCAUACGAAGCGGGGGAGAAGAUCCUGGUGGCGGAUUUCGAGUUUGACACAGUGGACGAUGCGACUGUUCCUCCUUUCUCAUGGAAGAAGCUGUGGCUCUUCACUGGGCCUGGGUUCUUGAUGAGCAUAGCUUUUUUGGAUCCGGGGAAUCUCGAGGGGGAUCUCCAGUCUGGGGCCAUCGCGGGCUACUCGCUCCUCUGGCUCUUGAUGUGGGCCACCGUCAUGGGCCUCUUGAUCCAGCUUCUGUCCGCCAGGGUCGGGGUCGCCACGGGCCGCCACCUCGCCGAGCUCUGCAGGGAUGAGUAUCCCCAUUGGGCCCGUCUUGUGCUCUGGUUCAUGGCCGAGCUGGCCCUGAUUGGCGCCGACAUUCAAGAGGUCAUUGGAAGUGCCAUCGCCAUCCAAAUUCUUAGCCGAGGCGUCCUCCCUCUCUGGGUUGGAGUUCUAAUCACUGCUUCCGACUGCUUUUUCUUUCUAUUUCUCGAGAACUAUGGAGUGAGGAAGUUGGAAGCUGCUUUUGCAGUUCUCAUUUCUGUUAUGGGUCUUUCUUUUGCCUGGAUGUUUGCUGAUGCAAGACCUAAUAGAGAAGAGCUUUUAAUGGGUAUUUUGGUUCCGAGACUAAGCUCAAAAACAAUUCGUCAAGCUGUGGGUGUUGUGGGUUGUGUCAUCAUGCCUCACAAUGUAUUCCUGCAUUCUGCUUUGGUUCAAUCAAGGAAGGUUGAUCCUAAUAAGAAAGGUCGGGUACAGGAGGCUCUCAACUACUAUUCAAUCGAGUCAUCAGCUGCACUUUCAGUCUCCUUCAUGAUCAAUCUAUUUGUCACAACAGUUUUUGCUAAAGGUUUUUAUGGAACAAAGCAGGCAAAAAACAUAGGACUGGUCAAUGCAGGGCAAUAUCUUGAAGAAAAGUAUGGAGGAGGAGUUUUCCCUAUUCUUUAUAUAUGGGGAAUUGGGUUAUUGGCAGCUGGCCAGAGCAGCACCAUCACUGGCACAUACGCUGGCCAAUUCAUAAUGGGGGGUUUCCUCAACCUUCGUUUAAAGAAAUGGAUGAGAGCAUUGAUCACUCGAAGUUUUGCAAUUGUGCCAACUAUAAUUGUAGCUAUAGUUUUUAAUAGAUCAGAAGCCUCUUUGGACAUUUUGAAUGAAUGGCUCAAUGUGCUUCAGUCCAUGCAAAUUCCCUUUGCUUUGAUUCCCCUCCUCACAUUGGUCUCCAAAGAGCAGCUCAUGGGAACCUUUAGAGUUGGACCUGUUCUUGAGAGAGUAGCAUGGACUGUUGCUGGACUGAUAAUAGUGAUUAAUGGGUAUCUAUUGUUAGAUUUCUUCAUUUCUGAGGUGAAUGGCGUCAUGCUUGGUCUUUUAGCCUGCUCCUGCACGACAGCCUAUAUUGCGUUCAUAGUAUAUUUGGUUUCUCAGAGCGGUAUUCUUCCUUCUGCAUGGGUUAAUCGUCUUCCCAAGGGAUUUUCUUCAACUGGGAAUUAACUCAACCAAAUUCAGACUUUGAUGAAAAAUCUGGAAAUAGUACAGCAAACUUCUGCUAGACAAUUUUGCAUGAGUUUUGCUUCAUACACCAUAGAGAUUAUAGAGUUUCUCUAACUAUGAAACCUGAAUUAAAGUGAAUACAAGGUCAGGUAGGGAAAAACACUUAGUUUUAACUGCACUUCAAUUUUGCAAUAGCCUUACAAAGUGUACCUUCCAUGUGUAUGAAAAUGGAUAUACCUUUCGGAUGGAAGACGAGGAGAGAGCAUGAUUACAACUUGCAGGAUAGAUUAUCGAUUUACCGCUCAACAUACCUACCAUUAUUCUUUUUCUAACAAGUUGUGAAUUGCUCCAUUAUUCUUUGAUGUAUACAGUUUGUAUGUAACUUGGAACUGGUACAUGUUCCUUUCAUGAAGGAACACGGAGUACAUUCUACCUGCUGAGAGCACAAAGGUAUUAAAACAGCAGACAUAAGUUGUAGGGAGUACUCAAUAGUAAAAUCUGGACUACAUUUAUUUUCUAUUA